AUGAGCGGCCGUGUCCCAAUAGAGCCUCAGCGUGUGGAUGCACCGCUCACACAAUCAGCUACCUUCCUCGUUGUCUCCGUUACCAACAAGCCCGACGCUAUUGAAACCGUGCGCUCUGUAUUGGCAGGCAUAGACGAUCUAGCGAAGAAUGUAUCAAUCCGUGACCUCAGUGCCCAAUUUGCCUGCACAGUCGGCAUUGGAAGUGACAUCUGGGAUCGUUUGACGGGUCUUCCCCGACCCUCAGAACUUCACCCUUUCCGCGAGAUCAAAGGCGAGAAGCACACCGCGAUCUCAACCCCGGGUGAUCUACUUUUCCACAUUCGCUCCGAGCGCAGAGAUAUCUGCUUUGAAUUUGAGCGUCAGUUGAUGGACCAACUCGGUGACUCAGUUACUGUCAUCGAUGAGACUGUUGGUUUUCGUUACUUCGAUGUGCGGGAUCUUCUUGGAUUUGUGGACGGCACGGCUAAUCCUGUUGGAUUGGCGGUUCCAGCUUCGGUCCUAGUUACAGAGGAAGAUCCUUCUGGCUUGGGCGGUAGCUAUAUCGUUGUGCAGAAGUACACUCAUGAUCUGCCUGGGUGGAAAGAUCUCUCAACGGAACAGCAGGAGAGGAUCAUUGGUCGUACCAAGAUAGAUAAUGUUGAGCUAGAUGAUGCUGAGUCUGGACAGCGUUCCCACAAGACACUUAACACGAUUGAAGAUGAGAAUGGGAAUGAGCAUGAAAUUCUUCGCGACAACAUGCCAUUUGGAUCCCCUGGUUCCGCAGAGUUUGGAACUUACUAUAUUGGCUAUACUCGUCGUCUUUGGGUUAUUGAAAAAAUGCUGGAGCGUAUGUUUGUUGGGGAUCCGCCUGGGCUACAUGACCGCAUCCUUGAUUUCUCGAAGCCGCUCACUGGGACGACAUUCUUUGCUCCGCCUGCUAGUGUGUUGGCAGGCUUGGGGGAUGAUUAA